CGUCCCGCACCGUCUCCAGCGCGAUGACCCAGACGCGCGGGUACAAGGUCGCCGUCCUCGGCGCCGCCGGCGGGAUCGGCCAGCCGUGCGGUCUCCUCAUGAAGAUGAACCCGCUCGUGACGGAGCUCUCUCUGUACGACAUCGCGGGCACGCCGGGCGUCGCCGCGGACGUCUCGCACAUCAACACCGCCGCGCAGGUCAAGGGCUACGCCGGCGACGCCGAGCUCGGCGCGGCUCUCAAGGACGCGGACCUCGUCAUCAUCCCCGCGGGCGUCCCGCGCAAGCCCGGCAUGACGCGCGAGGACCUCUUCAAGAUCAACGCGGGCAUCGUCGCGGGACUCACCGAGGCGUGCGCGACGCACUGCCCGAACGCGAUGAUCAACAUGAUCUCCAACCCGGUCAACUCCACCGUGCCGAUCGCCGCGGAGGUGCUCAAGAAGAGAGGCGCGUACGACCCGAAGAAGCUCUUCGGCGUGACGACCCUCGAUGUCGUGCGCGCGAAGACGUUUUACGCGGAGAAGAACGGCCUCGAGACGGCCAAGGUGGACGUCCCCGUCGUCGGCGGCCACGCGGGGAUCACGAUCCUGCCGCUGCUCUCGCAGGCGACGCCCAAGGCGGAGAUGGACGCCGCGACGAUCGAGGCGCUGACGAAGCGCACGCAGGACGGCGGCACCGAAGUCGUCGCCGCCAAGGCGGGCAAGGGCAGCGCGACGCUGUCCAUGGCGUACGCGGGCGCGGUGUUCGCGGACUCGUGCCUCCGCGCGAAGAACGGCGAAGCCGGCGUCGUGGAGUGCACGUACGUCGAGUCGAACGUCACGGACGCGAGGUUCUUCGCGUCCAAGGUGACGCUCGGCAAGGAGGGCGUGGAGACGAUCCACGGCCUCGGCGAGCUGACGCCGUACGAGAAGGCUGGCCUGGACGGGAUGAUGGCCGAGCUGAACGACUCGAUCAACAAGGGCGUCGAGUUCGCCAAGGCGCUGUGAGCGAGCAGAGCCUUCCCUCGAGGCGUCGCGUCGCGCGUGAACGACUAGUCGCUCGACGAGCGGCGGCGGGCGCGGCGCGGCGUUUGAGGAUUUCUUUCUUUUAACAUCACCACGUCGACCGACGCGCGUCGUCGUUCA